AUUAAUAUAGGUUUCAGAUUGUAUAUUUGGCAUUAAGUAAAUAUUCCAAUAAGAAAAACUAUUUGUAAAACAUUAAUUUAUCAUUUUUUAUUAGCUUUCUCUUCUAACCAUAGAAUUAAAUUCUGCAUGGAGAAUAGAUAAGAAACAGCAUUUUUAUAUAUUUUGAGAUAGAGAGUUAAACAAAAGAAUUACUGGAUAAUUUAUGAUUAAUGGAAAAUGUAAAUAAAUUGACAUAGAUUUCUUAUUUACAAUGGUUUGAGAGUGGUUAUAUUAUGAAAAUGAUGUAAAAUAAGAUUUAUAGAAGAGUUGCGUAUAUAUGAUUAUAAUUUAAGAUUUUAAGGGAUAUUGGGGAAUGAAAAUUGUAUAGAAAUGAAACAUCAAUAGGAUAAAGAGGAAUGUGAAUUAAAAUAGUACAUUAAUCAAAAGAAAGAUAAAUAUGUAAUUAGAACUAUUUAUUGAAUUGAAUUUUAAUGCGCC